AGCUCUGCGUUUUAGCCCCGGCAGAAGCAGAGGCUCGAGUGCGCGGCCCCGAGAAGGUUUCCCGGCAUGCCGCGCGGUCUGCACCCUAGGCCUGUCCGGCCCGUCCGGCCGCCUCGCCCCGCCCUGGCUCACCCCGUCAACCCGGCGACUCGCGCAUGGAGGCCGGCUGAGGAGCUCCGCCGCCUCGCUCGGCAUUCUUCAUCAGUCAGGAAGCUGCUGUUAGCCAUGGAGAAAGAGCAGAGGGCAGCUCAAGAGGCUGACGCGGAACCUGUGGUAACAUCAGGGGCCUCAGAAGCAGUGCCAAGGGUGCUUUCUGGAGACCCUCAGAACAUCUCUGAUAUGGAUGCCUUCAACUUGCUCCUGGACAUGAAAAUGAAGCGGCGGCGUGAACGGCCCAACCUUCCUCGUACUGUGACCCAGCUAGUGGCUGAGGAUGGGAGCAGGGUGUACGUGGUGGGCACCGCUCACUUCAGUGACGACAGCAAGCGGGACGUGGCGAAGACGAUCCGGGAGGUGCAGCCCGAUGUGGUGGUUGUGGAACUCUGUCAGUACCGUGUGUCCAUGCUGAAGAUGGAUGAGAGGACACUGCUUCGCGAGGCCAAGGACAUCAACCUGGAGAAGCUGCAGCAGGCUGUCAAGCAGAAUGGCCUCAUGUCUGGACUCAUGCAGAUGUUGCUGCUGAAAGUGUCUGCGCACAUCACUGAGCAGCUGGGCACGGCCCCUGGUGGCGAGUUCAGGGAGGCCUUCAAGGAGGCCAGCAAGGUACCAUUCUGCAAAUUCCACCUGGGUGAUCGGCCCAUCCCAGUCACGUUUAAGAGGGCCAUUGCUGCACUCUCCUUUUGGCAGAAGGUCAAGCUGGCCUGGGGCCUGUGCUUCCUGUCGGACCCGAUCAGCAAAGACGAUGUGGAGCGCUGCAAGCAGAAGGACCUGUUGGAACAGAUGAUGGCAGAGAUGAUUGGGGAAUUUCCUGACUUGCACCGGACCAUUGUCUCUGAGCGUGAUGUCUAUCUGACCUAUAUGCUGCGGCAGGCCGCACAGCGCCUUGAGCUUCCCCGAGCCUCUGACGCUGAGCCCAGGAAGUGUGUCCCAUCUGUGGUUGUGGCCGUUGUUGGCAUGGGUCAUGUGCCUGGCAUUGAGAAGAACUGGAGCACCGACCUCAACAUCCAGGAGGUCAUGGCAGUUCCCCCACCAUCCAUCUCAGGCAGAGUGUCCCGGGCGGUCUUGAAGGCUGCCUUCUUUGGCCUGCUGGGCUACAGCCUGUACUGGAUGGGCCGUCGAACCAUGAACCUGGUCCUGUCACUGCCUGCUGCACAGUUCUGCGUACAGAGGGUGAGCGAGGCCCGGCCAGGCUGGUAGAAGGACCAUGCAAGGAAGAGACCACACCCAGGCCCUCUACUCCUCUGCAUCACAUCUGGUGCUUCUGAGGAGCUGGCACCUCCUGUCUGGGGAUAUCCCUGGGUGUAGAUGCAUCAAGCCACCCCCUAUGGGGGCCCAGGCCAGGCUUCCCCUGCCUUCCCCAUGCCCAGCCCACCCAAAUAAAGAAUAUUUAACUGUCUGAGCUCAGGCUUCCCAGCAGCCACACACACACACUGUAGGGGCCACCCACAGGCAUCAGGGCCAUCCACAGAGUCAAGACCCAGUGGCCUAGUUUCAAGAGGGCCAGAAGCUGAGGGGAGGCACUGAGGUGCCCCACCCUUAAUGCCAGGGUGGGCCUGGCAAGCUGUUGCUUUACCUACCUCACUGUGCCUUGUGCUCUGGCUGGCAGGAGCAUCUGGCCCUGAGAGCAUCUCACUGUGGGUUUGGGGCCGGCGAGUCUGGGGAGCUGGGUGUCCAUGAGCUCCUUUCUGUGGGUUUGUAGGGCCUCUGGCUGGCCUAGACAUGCAUGUGGCACUGUGAGCUGCCCCUCUGCCUACAGAGAGUCUGUGGUUUGUUUUGAUUUUGGUUUUGUUUUGUUUUUUAAUGUCAAAAAGUUUUUUACUCAGGUAAUUUUGACAUCAAAGAAAAAACAAACUGAAGCAACUAUCAGGAAAUACAAGCCUUAAAUCUAUGAGGACAAAGAAGUCAGUUUUUUUGUUUUGUUUUGUUUUUGUUUGUUGGUUUGGUUUGUUUUGGUUUUUUGUUGUUGUUUUUGGUUUUUUGUGGGGUUUUUUUUUGUUUUUUGUUUUGUUUUUUGUUUGUUUGUUUGUUUGUUGUUUUUGUGUGUGUGUGUGUGUCUAUGUACCCUGAGUGGGCACUGUAUGUCAGAGAGUCAGCUUGGGGGUCCAGACCAGCCCCUGCUAGACUCCACUCCAGCUCAGUAUGGUGUGGGGCUGCUUCAGAUAAGAGCCUGCUUCCCUGGCUGCCCUUGGUGCUGGUAGGGGCUAGACCUGAUCCCUGUGCGUUAAGUGGGACACCCAAACUGCGCUGUGGGCAGUAGGCACCCGGUGUGUGCCGCAAACCUAGGGCCGCUCGUGUACAGGCUGUGGUUCCUGGCGUACUGGACAGUCUGGCAGGACCACGCCCACACUGGUUAUCCUUGUGUUGACUGCCAAAUGAGGUGAAACACUGAGCUGGGCAGGGGACACGGGGCUGGUUGGGCUGUGCACUUCUGUCUCACACUCGUGGAUUCAUUCCCUAGAAAGAGAAAUAAAUGUUAAUUUUGGAA